ACCUAACCUACCUUAUUCGAGAAACCAGGAGGUACAUGCAUACACCGAGUAGGUAGUUGGUAUCCAAAGAAAAAGGAGGUUAGAAGGGGUCGGGUUUGGUUUCUCGUGUUUUCUAUUGCUAAUUUUUCCAAGGACGCACUACCAAGGCGUAGCGCGUGUUAAUAAUCGAGAAAUCGUCAUGAACGCGACACAGGGUGAAGAACAUGCAGCGAAACGAGCUCAGGAGGCUCUAGGGCGGCUUUUGCGCCCCAGGAGCGAACUCAUAGCAGAGAGACGGGUCAUGGCUCAAGACUUGGCUAAAGAUCUAGGGCAGGAACAUCUGAGCAGUCCUAUGUUUCUCGUCGACCCAGACGAAGCCAUAUCCUCGUCAAGUACACUCCAAGAGAGGCAGAGAGUGUUCGUUGAGUCCUUACAAAGGAAUGUCGAGCUGCAAAGAGAACUGUCGAGGCUACGGGCCGAACACAGAACUGGCUUUUCUGCUACUAGUCCUGCUUCCUCCUCGACUCGAGCGAAUGCUGAGAGAAGACUGCUCGAGGAGCAGCUAGAAUGCAGUAGGCUAGAGAGAGAGCAUCAGAAGCUUGAAGCGUUCAAAAAGUCGUAUGAAGAGUUCAACGGUCGAUCAGCUGCAACUCCAGAGUUUCUUGAUCCCAAUGUCAUGUUCAGCAACUGUGCACCCUUCCCGGAUCUUCCCAAGAAUCUUAUUGAAGGGUUUACAAAAAACGAGGAGGCGCCGCAUCAAGAGGCUGAAGAAAUGGUCUUGCGACUUCGUAAAGCUACAUUUCGUGAGAAAUUAAUCCUCGAGUAUGAGCAGCAGCAGCUGAACGAAUUGAAAGUAAAUCAUUCUCAUAGUCUCGGUAACUCGUCUCCCGAAGCACAGAUGGCCGCCUUGAAUGCAGUCAAAACCUCGCUUGUGAAUUGGAUAGAGAACAUGCUGAGCAAAGCCGGCGAAGGCGAAUCAGGAGAUGGAAAUGGUUCAUCAAAAAAUAACGGAAACGAGGACCUGGAUCGUGAAACACAGCGAGUCAAUAUUGAAAAGGAGUAUAAUCGCCAUAUCGAGCUACGCAAGCAGAUAAUGGCUUCCGUUUCCUUGUUGGGCAAAUCCAAGAAAGCAACAGGGCACGAGGAUGUAUCAAGGCCUCCUCCUGCUCCGGUAACAUCAGCGCCAAUCGCUCCCGAGCCACAGACUUAUCUGCUGAUACCUUAUCUUGAGAGACUUCAAUCGCUUUCCCAAGAGCAAAGGGGGUUAGUUCAAGAGAAAGCACACAUCAACACCACGAUUUCACGACAACAACAAGAUACCAACAAAGCAUUGCGCCGUCUCGCACAAGAUAGCAAGCUAUUAUCGAAAUAUCCACAGGCGAAACCUGAAAAUUUACUCGCAGGCAUAAGCUUCUCUAAAGCAACAAAGAGUGCUUCCAUCACGGACCAGAUUCGGCCCUGGCUAUUCGCAGCAGAUUCGGCCAAAAUUGUCACGCUGGAAGCCGCUGCAGAGGCAGUUGACAGGGGUCAGAUGCCUCUCGAAGAUGCAAUGCAGGCGCUGCAUCAAGUAUCUCUGCUCCAAGACAAGGGGCCGCUUCAGGCGCCAGAGGACGGCGAUGCAGAAUUCGCAAAGGAAGAUGAAAUAAGUGGCACCAUCGGCGAGGUACGUGCUGGCAAGAAACGUGCCAGCAAGAAGCCUACAAUGGAUAGGCCCAAGAGUAUAUGGUCAAUUCUUGAUGGAAACCUAGGCCUUAUUAAUGAGUGAUAUUGAUGAGAGUCUGCAUACAUCAACAUGAGCGUCAUAAAGAGCUAUCUUAAUCUCUUUAGUUCUUUGCUUCAUAACUGCAGAGAUUCUAUAGAUAUUCGAAGCAUCCAUA